AUGGAACAUAGUCAACAAGUGGCGGAUGUAUACGCAGGCCAAAGUAUACUGGUCACUGGUGCAAGUGGCUUUCUUGGCAAAGUUCUAAUCGAAAAAUUGUUGUAUUCAAUAGACUCAUUAAAAAGUAUUUACUUAUUAAUCCGUCCAAAAAAUGGACUUGGUCCGAGGCAACGAAUGGAUACAAUUAUUCAGGGUCCUUUGUUCGACCGAUUGCGUCGGUUCAAUUCUGGAAUAUUCUCUAAACUGAUUCCAAUUGGUGGUGAUAUUAUGGAGGAGGGUUUGGGCCUUAAUCAAUUAGAUAUGCAAACCAUCUGUGAUGAAGUUUCGAUCGUAUUCCAUUGUGCGGCAACAGUGAAGUUUGAUGAAGCCUUACGAAUGUCCAUAGAAAUGAAUGUUCUCGGAACACAGCGACUUGUUGCUCUUUGUCAUAUGAUUAAAAAUCUGCUUGUGCUGGUUCAUGUCAGUACAGCAUAUGCAAACUGUGACAAAUCAAAAAUACUAGAGAUAGUUUAUCCACCCCCUAUGCCACCAAAUAAACUUUUCGAGGCGAUUAAUUGGAUGGAUGAUGUGGUAAUUGAUGCCAUCACGCCACAUUUGCUUGGUAAACGACCGAACACUUACACUUUAACAAAAGCUCUUGCUGAAGUGCAGUUGAUGGAAGAUGCGAGACCCUUACCGGUAAUUAUUGUGAGACCAUCAAUAAUAGGGGCCAUGUGGCGAGAUCCCCUACCCGGUUGGACAGAUAAUUACAAUGGACCAACAGGAAUUUUUGCUGCCUGCGGCAAGGGUGUUUUGACAAACAUGUGUGGCAGCAGCUCAGCGAAAGCAGAUAUAAUACCAGUCGAUAUCGUUUCGAAUUUGAUGAUCGUUGCUGCGGCUCACAGAACUUACACCGAGUAUGAAUCGAUACCAGUGAUACACUGCUGUUCAGGAGAGUUGAAUCCCGUUCAAUGGGAUUUCAUUGCUAAUUUUAUCGAGCGCUUUUUCCGCGCUUAUCCGCUAAAUGAAUGUUAUCGCAUCCCAUCAACUCACUUCCAUUCCUCUAGACUUUUGUUCGAAUUCAAUUUUUAUUUGAAGCACAUGGGUCCCGCUUAUCUUAUCGAUCUUCUAAACGCAUUUUGGGGCCCAAAAAUAAGAUUCACUCGUAUCUAUAAGAAAGUUUUGAGACUAGUUGAAACGCUGCAUUAUUUUACAACUCGAGGUUGGGAUUUUGAUUCCAAAGGUCUCAUCGAGUUGUGGGAAACGACUUCAGAGGAGGAUAAAAAAAUUUUCAAUUUUGAUGUACGACAACUGGAUUGGGAUUCGUACCUGUUCGACUACCUUAUGGGUGUUAAGCGAUACGUCGUUAAAGAUCGUUUGGAAGAGCUUCCAAAAGCAAGGCGAAAUCUUUCCUGGCUGAAGCUGUAUGCUGCAGUUUUCAACGCUCUUAUUUGGUGGAUUUCUGUACGUAUAUUUGCAAGACAGCGUUCUAGAAAAUAUCGCUGGUUUAGUGGGAGUAUCGGGUUCCUAUUGACGUAUAUUUGGUCAAAUUACAGUUUUCGUCCACCAGUUCGUUUGAAAAGCCUAGAAGAAUACAAGCAAAGAACAAGUUUUAAGUAA